AUGUGGAUUCAGUUGCCAAAUCUAAAAUUGAAUUUAUGGAGCUCCUCUGGUAUCAGUAAGAUUGCUAGCACUGUUGGUAUUGCUAUUACUACAGAUAAGCUGACUGCCACAAGAGAAAGAUUAUCUUAUGCUAGAGUUUUGAUUGAAAUUAAAUUGCCUCUAAAAGAACCUCUCCCUAAUCAGAUUGUUGUCCAAGGACCUGAUGGGAAGUGCUAUAACCAAAAGAUAGUGUAUGAACUCAAACCAAGAUGGUGUAAAAAUUGUAAUAUAGUUGGGCAUAUGACUAAGCAAUGUAGAAGGCAAAUUUUGAAAAAAGUGUGGGUUCCUAAGCAACAGGUGACAAGUGCACUAGCUUCGGGUGAACAUGCUAAUAAUAUGCAGGAGAAGGCUAAUGGUUCUGUAAAGGAGUUAAAUAUACAUGCUCAAACUGUUAAGGAGCAAAUACAAGAACCUAUUACAACUCAAGAUUCUGCUGGAAAAGAAAAUGGAAAUUCUGGAAAGAAUCUGCCUCAUAAACAUGCACCAACAGUAACCAGCUCUGGGGAAGUCUCUGUGCAUGUUUCCAGGAGUAACUAUAUGGGUUUGGCAAAUAUUACCUCCCCUACUAUAAAUGUCUCUGGUUUUUCAAGUGUUAAUAGAGAAAAUGCUGCAAAAAGGGUUAAUAUUGGAGACAAGGCAAACCUGGCAUCUUCCUAUAUUCAGGCAUCUCAAUUCUCUUUAUUGAACUGUCAAGUACAUGAUCUUGACCCUUCUAACUUGGAUAGAGCUCUAUUAGAAACUAAAGUUGCAGGCAAUAAAAUGCAAUGGAUUGCAGGGAGAAUGGUUAAAAAUUGGAGUUGGUACUCUAACUCUCAGCAAGCAAAUAAGGGAAGAAGUUGGAUUCUGUGGGAUAAUGGCAUGCUCUCCAUUCAAUGUAUAUCAUCUUCUGAUCAAUUCAUAUCAUGUUAUGUCAACUCCAAGGAUGGCAAGUUAUCAUGCAUUAUUACUGUAGUUUAUGCUAUGAAUAAUCUGGAAGAUAGAAAGAAGCUUUGGCAUGAUUUACUUUCUUUCAAGCAAAAUGUUACCUGUCCCUGGAUCAUUGGGGGUGAUUUUAAUGCAAUAAUCAACAAUGAAGAAAAGCUAGGGGGUACUCUUGUCUCUGAUUAUGAUACUGAAGACUUCAUAAAUUUUAUUUCUAUAUGUCAAUUGACUUAUUUGAACUACUGUCAAGUGGAUUACCUGGCUCCAAACUGCUCUGAUCAUUCCCCAGGUCUCAUUACAAUUGGAGAAGAUGACUUUAAAGGUAAAAGACCAUUCAAAUUUUUUAGUAUGUGGAUAAAUCAUCCUGAUUUUACCUCUGUUGUCAAGACUGUCUGGGAACAAGAUGUCAGAGGUUUUCACAUGUAUAAGCUUCAUACUAAGCUUAGGAAACUCAAGCAGAACCUGAAAGUUUUAAACAAGAAGCAUUUUAUGAAUAUUAGUGAGCAGGUGAUAAGAGCUAAAUGUGAACUCACCGAUACUCAAAACCAGUUGAACAAUCAUCCUUUCAAUCAAAUGCUGAUAUCAAAGGAGAAGGAGUGCUUAAUAAAAUACACCAGACUAAUUGAUUGUGAAACUUCUUUCUACAAACAAAAAGCUAAUAUCAGAUGGGAUUUAUAUGGUGAUAAAUGUUCCCAAUUUUUCCAUUCCAUUAUGAAAGCUAAGAGGCACCAUAAUAGAGUGUUGUCAUUACAUACUGAGAAUGGUGAAAGGAUCACAGACAUGGCUGAUAUUGCUACAGAAUUCACUGAAUAUUACAAAAGACUUCUAGGGGUUGCUACUCAUACCUCUACUCCUGACCCUGGAGUAAUUUCUAGUGGACCAAUUUUAUCUCCAGCUCAAAGUAAUUCCCUGGUUCUUCCAGUCUCUAGAAAGGAGAUCAAAAAUGCAGUUUUCUUUAUGUCAAGUGAAAGAGCCCCAGGUCCAGAUGGUUAUAAUGCCUCCUUUUUCAAAGCUGCUUGGGAAAUCAUUAGUGAAGAUAUACACAAUCCUAAAACACCUUCAGACUUUAGGCCAAUUUCCUGCUGCAACUGUGUAUAUAAAAUAAUUUCAAAAAUUAUUGCUAGCAGAAUUCAAGAAGUUUUGGGUUUGUUGAUUGGUGAAGGGCAAAGUGCUUUUGUCAGAGGUAAAAGUAUCUCUAGUAAUAUAUUAUUGGCACAUGAACUUGUAAAGCAUUAUGUCAGAAAACAGACCUCACCUAGAGCUACUCUAAACAUUGAUCAAAGGAAAGCAUUUGAUACUAUUAGCUGGAGUUUCAUUGAAUCUAUGCUAUCUGGGUUGGGGUUUCCUAAUAGAAUGAUAAUAUGGAUCAUGGAGUGUAUUACCUCUACAAAGUUUUCUCUAUCCUUGAAUGGAACACUUCAUGGAUAUUUUAGGGGGGCUAGAGGCUUGAGACAAGGUGAUCCCCUCUCUCCUUAUCUUUUUUUUCUUGGAAUGGAGUAUUUGUCAAGAAGGUUAAACACUCUUAAAAAUGACAGUCUAUUCAAACAUCAUCCCAAAUGCUCCAAGUUAAAUAUCACUCACAUCUUCUUUGCUGAUGAUUUGCUUCUAUUUGGAAAAGCUAACAUAUAUUCUAUUGCAAAGCUAUAUGAUUGUCUUCAGGAGUUCAGUCAAGUUUCUGGGUUAGAAGUUAACCCAAACAAAUGCUCUGUAUAUUUUAGUGGCAUUGAUGAUAGAUUAAAGCAGCAGAUUUGCACUGUUUUGAAUUUUCUUGAGGGGGUUUUACCAGUAAGAUACUUGGGAAUGCCUUUAAUAUCUAAAAGACUAUCCUCUCUGGAAUGUUCCCCUCUGAUCAAUAAAAUCACUGAUCAGUUUCAAAGAUGGCAGAAGAGCAAAAAUCUUUCUUAUGCUGGUAGAUUAUAG